CCCGCACAACAAAAUCAGCGAUUAUCAUUCAGACCCAAAUAUCUAAUUCUAAUUGGUUUCUUCUUCCUUAAUACACACCUCCCGAUUCUCCCUCUCCUUCCACAAGUGAUAAUAUCGUCCUUUGAUUGUCUAAUCGGAGAAUCAAGCCGACAUCGAGAUCCUUCAGUGAAGACGCAAGCAGAUUUCUAAACCCAAAAACCACUCCGUUUCUUAAUCUCUAGGGUUUCGACUCUCAAUCGAAGCUUUUUCCCCUUGUCUUAUGGCGUUGAAGCCAUUGAACAACAUCUGGAUUCGUCGUCAACAAUGUCCUUGUGGUGAUUGGAAAUGCUACAUCAGACUCGAAGAAGACGAAUCAACAAUAACAAAAAGCGAAAUCGAAUCAACACCAACACCAACAUCACAAUACGAUACUGUGUUUACACCAUACGUAGGUCAAAUCUUCACCACAGACGAUGAAGCAUUUGAGUAUUACAGUACAUUCGCUAGAAAGAGUGGUUUCUCGAUUCGUAAAGCACGAUCUACAGAGAGUCAGAAUCUAGGUGUUUAUAGAAGAGAUUUCGUUUGUUAUCGUUCUGGUUUUAAUCAACCUAGGAAGAAAGCUAAUGUAGAGCAUCCAAGAGAGCGUAAGUCUGUUAGAUGUGGUUGUGAUGGUAAGUUGUAUUUGACUAAAGAAGUUGUUGAUGGUGUUAGUCAUUGGUAUGUUUCACAGUUUAGUAAUGUUCAUAAUCAUGAGCUUUUGGAAGAUGAUCAAGUUAGGUUGCUUCCUGCUUAUAGGAAGAUUCAGCAAAGUGAUCAGGAGAGGAUUCUUUUGUUGUCGAAAGCGGGGUUUCCGGUUAAUCGGAUUGUUAAGUUGUUGGAGUUAGAGAAAGGUGUUGUGAGUGGGCAGUUACCGUUUAUUGAGAAAGAUGUUAGGAAUUUUGUUAGAGCUUGUAAGAAGAGUGUUCAAGAGAAUGAUGCUUUUAUGACUGAGAAGCGGGAGAGUGAUACGUUGGAGCUUCUUGAGUGUUGUAAAGGUUUGGCUGAGAGAGAUAUGGAUUUUGUUUAUGAUUGUACUUCUGAUGAGAAUCAGAAAGUUGAGAAUAUUGCUUGGGCUUAUGGAGAUUCUGUUCGGGGUUACUCUUUGUUUGGGGAUGUGGUUGUUUUCGAUACUAGUUAUCGGUCGGUACCUUAUGGAUUGCUGCUUGGUGUUUUUUUUGGGAUAGAUAAUAAUGGAAAGGCGAUGCUUUUGGGAUGUGUUUUGCUGCAAGAUGAGAGUUGUCGUUCUUUCACAUGGGCUUUACAGACUUUUGUUCGUUUCAUGAGGGGACGACAUCCUCAGACAAUUUUGACGGAUAUAGAUACAGGACUUAAAGAUGCUAUUGGGAGGGAAAUGCCAAAUACUAACCAUGUGGUAUUUAUGUCGCACAUUGUCUCCAAAUUAGCUAGCUGGUUUUCUCAGACACUUGGGUCGCACUAUGAAGAAUUUAGAGCAGGGUUUGAUAUGUUAUGCCGGGCAGGGAAUGUGGAUGAAUUUGAACAGCAGUGGGAUCUUCUUGUCACUCGGUUUGGUCUUGUUCCAGAUAGGCAUGCGGCUUUGCUUUAUUCGUGCCGAGCAUCUUGGUUACCUUGUUGCAUCAGAGAACAUUUUGUAGCUCAAACUAUGACUUCUGAGUUUAAUCUAUCUAUAGAUUCUUUCUUGAAAAGAGUUGUUGAUGGAGCGACAUGCAUGCAACUAUUACUUGAAGAGGUUAGUGCUGCUGCAAGUCUAGCCAAGCAAAUCCUGCCACGAUUCACAUAUCCGAGUUUGAAAACCUGUAUGCCUAUGGAAGAUCAUGCAAGGGGGAUUCUGACGCCUUAUGCCUUUAGCGUAUUGCAAAACGAAAUGGUUUUGUCUGUGCAGUAUGCUGUGGCUGAGAUGGCCAAUGGUCCAUUCAUCGUACAUCACUAUAAGAAAAUGGAAGGGGAAUGUUGUGUGAUCUGGAACCCAGAAAACGAGGAGAUCCAAUGUUCGUGCAAGGAAUUUGAGCAUUCCGGAAUCUUGUGCAGGCACACUCUUCGGGUACUGACCGUGAAGAACUGCUUCCAUAUACCUGAACAGUAUUUUCUAUUACGAUGGAGACAAGAAAGUCCUCAUGUAGCUACAGAGAAUCAGAAUGGACAGGGCAUUGGCGAUGACUCUGCUCAAACAUUUCAUUCGCUCACAGAAACUCUCCUCACAGAGUCUAUGAUCUCAAAGGAUCGACUUGAUUACGCUAACCAAGAACUUUCUUUACUUAUCGAUCGUGUGAGAAAUACAGCACCAGCUAAUUGCUUGUAUCAGCCAUGACUGCUAAUCUAGCAAGUGAAAUGUUUCAAGGAGGGCAGAUAUGUCGUUUCUGUCUUUUUUUCUUGGGUUUCUAUUUCGUUCCCAUGAUUGCAAAAGUUUUUCCAGAACUCUCACUAAUACUUGUCUGAAAAACCUUAUCUCUCCACGUUUUGGUUGACAGGCUAAAUUUGCAGCGUUUAGUCCUCCCCAGUAACAUAGACUGCGCCUGUCCUGUUCGCGAGUAAAACGUUGAGGUCAGGAAAAACGCAAUGUCACUUUCUGUAGCCUGUAUAUAAAACAAUGAUCUUUCGAGACUAGUUAUAAAGCUUUCAUUUGAUGCAUUUCUUGCGUUAUGUUAGUUGAUUAGUUAGAUAUUGCCUAUCAUGCUACAAGGCUUCACAGCAUAAAUAGUUAGGGAAGAAGUAGUCUCUCUUUUGCUCAGUCACGAUGCUGGGUUUUCUAAACUUGUAUUUUGCCUCAAGAGUCUCCAAAGUUGCCAUUUUGGGAUACUUUUUUUCAUUUCAUUUCUUAGUAAACUUGAUUGAGUGAGAUUAGCCUCUAUAUCGGUUAGCUUUGGUGUGAGAUGCACCUCAACUGGUAAGUCUAAAGCAAAUUGGCAUUAUGUUUCUGUCACCAUCAUGAGUUGUUGCAUAUUUCAAUAGUAACAUAUGAUGUCAGGUUAGUGUUG